AUGGCUAUCAUCAGUUUAGCAUCGGAACUGAUACUCAUGUCGAAGAAAGUCGAAUUCGCUGAGUAUUGUGAGGCCGAUAUGGCUUCAGUUGCGAAGGGCCAAAUCAUAGGAGUAGCCUUCGUACUCUGCAAAGCUAAGAAUGCUAUUCAUAUAAGUAGAAUACCGCCAAAGAGGGUCAUCUGGUUGACUCAGCGGUCGACUUCGAUCUUCGAGAGGCGUAUGACGAGCAGCCAGGAGAGGACCAACACAGCAUUGAUAGUCGUGGAUGUCCAAAAUGACUUCUGCAAGGGUGGCUCCCUAGCAGUCCCGGAUGGUGACGCUGUUGUCGACGUUAUCAACAGCCUGAGAGAGAAAUUAUCUCCGGCCACAUCAUUAGUCUGCUUAACCCAGGAUUGGCAUCCUGUAGGCCAUGUGAGCUUCCAAUCGACACAUGCAUGCCAAGGGGCUGAGCUAUUCAAACCAUUCAAGUUACCAGACGGUACAGAACAGAUGAUGUGGCCCGAUCAUUGUGUCCAGUGUACGAAGGGUUCACAGUUCCACGAUCGACUAGUUGUGAAGGGCACUGACAAGCUGAUCAAGAAGGGAACUGAUCCUAACAUGGAUAGCUAUUCGGCCUUCUUUGAUAACGACAAGGCUCAUCACACAGAUCUGGAUCAAAUUCUGAAAGCUGCCCAAAUAACCCGAGUCAUUAUAGUCGGCCUUGCCUUCGACUACUGUGUCGGCUAUACAGCCCUUGAUGCUGUUGGACUGGGGUACAAAGCCAUCGUGGUAGAGGACGCUACAAGACCUGUCGCACCGGACUCUGCUUCUGCUAUGCGAAAACGACUACUAGACGCCGGCGUUGAACUGAUGAGCUCCGGGGAGGUCGAACGCGCUGCAACUAAAGAGAUUGUAUAA